AUGAGGGAUGAAGAGGGGGAGAAGGGAUAUGACCGGGAGAAUAGAAGACGCAACAGAGAUAGACAAGGCGAUGGUGAAGGAUUCAAUCGUGACACUAGGGGACAGAACAGGGACAAACAACGCGAAGACAUGAGGGAUGAAGAGGGGGAGAAGGGAUAUAACAGGGAUACAAGAGGACGUGAUACAAGGGGACAAAAUAGGGACAGGCGGGGGUUUGGAAAUCGGGAUGACGUAAGACGCGAAGAACGAGCUGGCAAUGACAGACGAGACGAGAGACAGGGGAGAGAAAAUGACACUAGGGGGAGAAAGAGAGGAGGAGGCUUUGGAAAUCCUGGGGACAAGAAACGCGAAGACACUGAACAAAACUGGGACGAGGGAAAGGAUGACAGGAAGACCGAAGGUGGAGAUGAAAGAAAAAGACAAAAUGAAAGAACUGAAAAACAAACAGAUGGAGAUCAAAGACCUCGUGAUAGCUUUGAAGGGGAACGCGAAGUGAAGCCGGAAAGAUCUCAGCGUCGCGAUGACGAAGAUCGGCCGAGAAGAAACGAGACGCCACCGAAAGAACGACGCCAGGAAUCCGAACGCGAAGACCGAAGAGACCGCAGAAAGGUUUGUGGAUUAUUGUAUCUAGUAUCUGUUAAGGCUUAUUUUAAUUUAUCUGUGGUGUCCAUCCCUCACAAUACUCGUAAACGUAACUCUGUCUCAAGGGACGAUCGCUUUAAUGAUCCAGAGUUACACUACAGGAUGAAACCGGAGUAAAAAAACAGCCAUGUUUGGUAGAGUCGAACUGGAAGCACUCUUUUCACAUAUGACCGAAUAGAAAUCAGACAACUGAAUAUUGCCUCCGUGUUAUCAAGUACUCUGACUGACUCUAUUAUGAGCAUAUGAUUUCAAGCGACAUAUUUUUUAUCACAUCCGCAAAAAUAGGUUGCCAGUUUGUACCCCCUGGCUAAAAGCCUGUCGCCAUCUGCUGCACGAUAGUGCUUAAGUGAAACUCCCGUACUGUCAUUUUCAAUUUUUCACAGCCUCGUUCUCCGAAGACUCGCGAAGACGAGGAGCAGGAUGGUGAACGAGGAAGAGACGAGAGAAAUGAUCGCAGGGGACGUAGAAGAACUGCCAGUGAGAAAAGUGAUAAUGAAGUCGAGAAACCGGCAGAGGAAAAGUCGCCGAAGGAAGAAGAAAAAACAGAAAAUAGAAGGUAACUAUGCUAUGGACAAUACUAUGCUAUUCACUAUUUAAUAUUAUAAUUUCAGUAUUGAAAAAUGGCCUUUGAAUAUUCUGAUUGGCUCCCUCAGCAGUAACCCUGAGGUAAUAGUUACUGCUGAGACUACUCUGAGCAGUAACUAUUGCUUUUCAAAAAAAAACAUGGCUGAGAUUCAGACGGAAGCAAAUUAUUUAUGCAAAUUAUAUUCAUAAAAUAAACACGUGUGUUUGUUGUAUUUAUAAAUAAAACUUUUUCAAUACUGAAAUUAUACUAAAACAAUUAGUCGCCUCAGGCUCGGUGAUUACAAUUAGCCUAUCUUCACUUUACCUUCGGCUUAGUGAAUAUGGACUUGUAAUCACCUCGUCUUCGGCGACUAAUUGUUAAUUGGUCAUUGUGGUGGUCGAAGACUGGAGAGUACUCAGGGUUGAGACUGGAGAGUACUCGGGGAAAACCUGCGGUAUUUGGUAAAGACUGAAAGCAAUCUUCUCACUUGCGAUAUUAUUUACCAGAAAUAGAUAUUGAGUGAAUUCCGUAUGUACUAAGUACACUCUUUCCUGAAGGUACAGUAACAUGUGCAAGCAAUAACAAUUUCAUUGCUGAUCUAAAGAGCAAUUACCAGAUUGGAAUGUAAUGUGUAUUCAUAUCUCAUGUGGACGUAUUCCACAGUAAACAGCCCUGGUUUGUUCUUGAACAACCUGGAAAAGAUAUCUAGAAAGUGGUGGUCCAGUGUAGAUAGUAUUCUCUGUAAGCUGCCGUAGUUUGUAUCUGAACUACCUGAAAACAAUAUCUCAAACUUGGUAGUCCAGUGUUUGUAGUAUUCUACAAUAAACUGCCGUGGUGUAAACGCAGUUAAGAAAGUAAUAUCACAAUGGACCAUUUGCAUUAUUAUAGACUAAAUUUUGAUCUAGACAAAAAUUUUAUCACAGCUUGAAAGAGCAUCACAAAAUUAGUAAUAUUCUUAAGUUUCGUUGCGAAAUGUUGUAAAAUGCGGAUAAUAUAGCCUUGCGAAAUUUGCAAUUUUCAGUCAUUUUGUAUUACAAACGGGAAAUUGAUGCCCCAACACCCGACUGGGCUGUCAAUUUCCCGUGCGUAAUACAAAAUGACUGAAAAACGGCAAACUUCGCAUGGCUAUAUUAUCCGCAUUUUACAACAUUUCGCAACGAAACUUCGGAAUAUUACUAAUUUUGUGAUGCUCUUUCAAGCUGUGAUGAAAUUUUUGUCUAGAUCAAAAUUUAGUCUAUAAUGCAAAUGGUCCAUUGUAUAGGCUAGGUAUGUAAUUAGGUAAGCGUGAUACUUGAUGUAAAGCGCAUAUGAUCAUAUCCGCAUGUAAGUUUGCGCUAUAGAAAUGUUAAUCUUAAUCUGUUUAUAUUGAUAGGAAUACGGAAGUCGUUUCGGAAGUCCGAAGUGCAAAGAAAUGGAGUGAAAUGCGGAACAAAGGCAUAGGUCGUGGAAAGCCACUUACUAAACCAAAGAAAAACGCGGCCGACUUUGCGCGGGAAGCGGAACUGGAGAGACGGAAAAGUGUAGAGCUUACGGCUGAAGAAAUGCCCGCUGUGGAAUCUGGGACAUUUACUAGUACGUACCAGGAUUUUGGGCAGCCUCGUUAUAAACCAUUCAACAUUUAGUUCUUAACUGGACUCUGCACAUAGCAAUAUUAGAAAUAUUGUGUAUUAUUUCUAUGACUCUGCACCUCAGGUUCAAUGGACCAUUCUCCAAUUAACCAAAAUUUUGAUCUCAACAAGUCUAGACAAAAUUCCAUCAUAGCAUGAAAGAGCAUCACAAAAUUAGUAAUAUUCCAAAGUUUCGUUGCGAAAUGUUGUAAAAUGCGGAUAAUAUAGCCUUGCGAAGUUUGUAAUUUUCAGUCAUUUUGUAUUACGCACAGAAGUGGUAACCAUUUCGUGUUUGUAAUCUAAAAUGACUGAAAAUUGCAAAUUUCGCAAUGCUCUAUUAUCCGCAUUUUACAACAUUUUGCAACGAAACUUUGGAAUAUUACUAAUUUUGUGAUGCUCUUUCAAGCUGUGAUUAAAUUUUUGUCUAGACUUGUUGAGUUCAAAAUUUUGGUUAAUUGGGGAAUGAUCCAUUCGUGCCAGAGGGCCUAUAUUUAUAGAGUAGCAUUUUGUGCAGCUGCUCCUCGUUAGGUCUAAAAAAUGUAUAAAAUUUACAAUGGACAUUUCCACAUACAAAAACUCUUCAACAUUUUCUAGUUAGGCCUGUUUCAAAAGUCGCAUUCUGCAUGUGUGGAAUUCAAUUGUUGCAAGAUUCUGAGUGAUAAAAAUUCUGUUUAACGUUUCCUAGAUGCAAGUGGUGAUGAGGGGAAUGCAGGUGAAGUGUUCGAGAGUGAAAAACGUAAGUAAAGACCUCACAAACCCGCAGAAUGUUUCCCGUAAAUAUUUAGUCUAAAUUUUUAACUAUAUAACAGUAACCGCAUAAUGACACCUGGUAUUUUUAACUGCAGUGCCUGAGCCAGUUUCCAGUGGUAAUAAGCGUUACUCCGCUCAACGUCAGAAACCUGUAAUGACAACAGCUGUUGAAACUCCGAUGCAACCUGUCGCCAUUCCAGAAACAUCACAAAGAGAGCCACAGAUCAUUUAUGUUACUCCUCAAGGUAAAACAAUAUGCUAAAACUGAACUAACACUUAUAUUCCCGAGGUCUAGUCAGAUUGUCCUUUAAUUUGUCGAGUAUUACUACAGGAAGAAACCUAAACUGAACUAACUUAAUUUAUACUGGAUAGCACUAGCAGCCCUAAACUGUUUUCCCUAGAGAUCCAGUAAUAAUUGUAAUUUAAUUGUCCAGUGUUACUACAGGAAGAAACCUAAACUGAACUAACUAUAUUUACACUGGCUAUAGCUGUAUCAGUUCUAAAGUGUUCUCCCUUAUGCUCCAAAGAUUGUCUUUCAACUGUGGAGUGUUACUUUUCUUGAAAUAAACUUAAACUAAAAUAAUUUUGUUAAUAUACUGAACAGCUCUGUCAAUUAAUAACUGUUUUGCCUAGAGGUUCAGUGAGGCCCAUCCAUCAUUGAUUCAGUGUUACUGAAGGGAGAAAAACUACCUGUAACUCUUUCUGUUCUAAUAUGUUCUUAAAUUGAUGUAUUUAUUGACUUUAAGGUUACCCUGCACCAAUGUUCUAUCCUCAACAGCCAACGUUACAUACACAAGGUACGUAUGUGUGUGUUUGACUGUUUCUUUGUUUGAUAGUUUGAUUGUUUAUGUUUAAAAAGUCACGUUUUGCCGUAUAAAUAUAUGCGCGGAGAACGUUAGCUCGUCAAGAACAGUUUAGUCCUGUUUACACGAAGCAACGUGUAGUAUAAUAGACUUGCUCCAAGUCUCUCUUUCAUUGUCAUAUAGUAUCGAUCCACUAUAGUGUACAUUACAUGACGUAGCACGGAGAGGCGGAGCGAGAAAGAGACACUUGUCAACUUCGGAAAAUCUCGGUUCAAAACUGAACCGAAAAUGCAAGACUUGCUUUAAUUGUUUUCUGUCAGUGUUUAUAUGUCUUGAUCUAGCACGAGUUAGCAGUGUAAAUAACAUGAGUUCCGUUAUAGUAAAUAAUAUAGAAAGAAAUUGAAGGAAAACAAUUAAAGCAAGUCUUGCAUUUUCGGUUCAGUUUUGAACCGAGAUUUUCCGAAGUUGACAAGUCUCUCUUUCUCGCUCCGCCCCUCGGUACUACGUCAUGUAAUGUACACUAUAGUGGAUCGAUACUAUAUGUCAAUGAAAGAGAGACUUGGAGCAAGUCUACGUGUGGUAGUUCAUAAUUUAUCGCUGUACAGUACCCGACUCCAAUGAUUAUUGCCGCGUACUUGAGCUGGUAAAAAUUUAAUACUCAAGGUGUACUUAAUCUUUAAGAUAAAUAUCAGUUUUCUGAAAGUCAUUAAUUCAGGAACCUGAAUAUACGGGUUCAAACAAGAAGGAACGCGAAUGCAUAUAUCAUCUCAUUUAGUCAAAUCAUGAUUUAUGCUAAGAUUUACAACUACCGAUUUGCUGGACAUGUGAUACUAGCAAAAUGUUUCGCGAGUUCUGCGUAUCUACAUGGUGCUUGGCUGAAUAUAAAGAUGCUUUCUUGUUUGCCUUUACUGUACUUUACGUUUUCUGUUGUAGAAAUAAACCCAGCAAUGUUACGCCCGAUCAUGCUUCAGAAUGGGCACUUCGCUAUGGCACCUCCGCCAAAUACCCCUACCGGCGAAUACGUACCAAACAUGCCUACAAUGCCAACCGGACAAUAUGACCCCUCUCAAAAUUUCGCUGAUCCUAAUACUGGCAUGGUUUUCACACCUCCACAGUAAGUACAUCUACACCAAACUAACUUUGUUUAUAUUGGAUAGCUCUGUAUAGUUCUCCAUGGAGGUACAGCAAGGCCAUUCCUUAUCCAUCCAGUAUCAUUACAGGAGGAAAUCGAAACUAAACUUAUUUAUACUGGACAGCUCUAUCAGUUUUGAACAGUUUUCCCUAGAGCUCCAGAUAUGGUCAUCUCUUGUUGAUCAAGUGUAGUAACUACAAGGGGAAACCUAUACUAGUCUAACUUUAUUUAUACUGGAUAACCCUAUCAGUUCUAAACUGUUCUCCCUAGAGGUCCAGUAAGGAUCAUCUCUUAUUGACCCAGUAUUACGACAGGAGGAAACCUAAAGUAAACUAACUUUAUUAAUACUGGAUAGCUCUAUCAGUUCUAAACUGUUCUCCCUACAGGUCCAGUAAGGAUCAUCUCUUAUUGACCCAGUGUUACUACAGGAGGAAACCUAAAGUAAACUAACUUUAUUUAUACUGGAUAGCUCUAUCAGUUCUGAAUUAUUCUCCAUAGAAGUCCAGAUAGGUUUAUCCUUAUUGACCCAGUGUUACUACAGGAGGAAACCUCAACUAAACUAACUUUAUUUAUACUGGAUAGCUCUAUCAGUUCGAAACGGUUCUUCCUAGAGAUCCAGUAAUUAAGAGUCAUCUCUUAUUGAUCCAGUGUUACUACAGGAGGAAACCUAAACUAAACUAACUUUAUUUAUACUGGAUAGCUCUAUCAGUUCUGAAUUGUUCUCCCUAGAGGUCCAGAUAGGUUCAUCCUUAUUGGUCCUGUAUCAUUACAGGGAGAAAAUGGAAUAACUGGGGGAAACCUACGGUUACAAUGGGAUAACUGUAUAUUGCAGUAAUGGAACCCCGGGCACAGAGAUGAAAUGUACAUAAACUAAGACACUAACUUUUUGUUUUUCUAAUGUAGCUUUCAAAUGAUGCCGAAUAUGCCGUUCAUUCCACAACAGGUAAUACUGAGUGAUCCUUCGAACUUUAUUGAUGUUACGAUUUCACAUAUACUACUGUAGAGAAUGAUGAUUUGUGUGGACGAACUUGCGCAAAGAAAUCAUAGUUCGUUUAAUAGUUAACCAGGUUCCCCAGUUUACAGGGGCUUCGGUGGCGCAGGCGUCAGAGCAAGCGCCUUUCGCCUCUGAGUUCGUGGGUUUGAUUCUCGCUGUAGACUCAUGUGAAAAGAGUCUGUCAACGCUCUGCCGAAAGUCGUGAGUUGUCUCCGGGUGCUCCGGUUUCCUCGCACAAGAAAAGUUGACAGGGUGGGUUAGGAUAAACACAGUCAAGAAAGUAAUAUCACAGUUGUUGUAAAGAUAAGGUAGUCUAGGCUAAGUAUGUAAUUAGAUGAGCGUAUAAUACUUGAUGUAAAGCGCAUUUGAUCAUAUCCACAGUCGUAGUUCGUCUGUUUUAUGGGUACAUAUAAUUACCAUUUGCUAUCCUCUCUGAGGGGGGGGGGGGAGUUGUUGGAAAAAAGUCAGGAGUUUGAAGCAAGAAAAGUGACCCUGAAUGAGGAGUUAAAGGAAGAAAAAUAAAAUUACAAUUUGUAGAAGUAGGAUUCUCAAAAAGUUUUAAAUUUUUUCCCAACUGUACAGUACAAAAAAAAAUCAUGAUUACUAGAUUGCAUUGGUAUCAGAGGAACUAGACUCAGUUCCGAAAUAUCACAUACUCGAACCGACCUGACCGCGUAGCUCAGUUGGCAGAGUAUUGGCGUAGCUCAGUUGCCAGAGCAAAUAUGCCUGGCCACAGUUCCCACCGUGGCCAGUGUGUGGCCCGGUGUGGAUAUACACUCAGAGUAACAUCACAAACAUUGUACAAUUUUUGUUUAAGUAAAUGGUUUUGUGUCUCUACACCUAAACAAGCAAAUACGGUACCGAAUAAUAAAAUAUAUGUGUUUUUGUUUCAGGUCUAUCAGCCUGACGUGGCACCCCCGGCGGGAUACUACCAGCAAAAUAUGCAAGUUCCACCACCGCGGCAAGGCAGUCCAGGUCCACCUAUGCAGACCAUGCAACCUGUUCGACAGGUUUUAGUACAACCAGCACAACCUGCUCAGACGAGUUCUGCCCGAAAGCGAACUGCAGCUAUCCCUAUAAAAUCACCGCAAACCGAGGUAUGGUUUGUUAUAAAAUGCUGUAUAAUUUCCUCUUGACACAAAGAAAAUUCCCCCACCUUAUAGCUUCAGCCGUUUCCUUAUAGUAAACGCUUUUCCCGUAUUUAUUUUGGUACAUUUUUCACGCGUAUACUCGCGCUUGACGUUGCUGUUUUCUGUAGGUUAGUAAGACCAAUACCAUUGAAAUGAAUAUAACUGGAACCUCCAACCGCAAAUUUGAAGUCAAACUUGAAGGCCAGUCCCAGUCUUUUCACGUAUGCGAAGAGCGCGGUCAAUCCGUUAACAUGAAUAUGUAACGUAUUCUUGAAACACGGCUUAAAAUUUACUGUCGUUCCAAUUGAAGUGUUGCUGAAAUAUUGAUUCAAUACAUUACCUCGGGCUGACCAAUUCAUUUGAUCAAGUUCCUCGAGAUAUUCAUACACUUCCUGUGAAAGAGCCAAUUCCAAGUAUUUGAUCAUUUCUGGUCACUUCCUUUCUAUUUAUGAUUGGUUAGUUGCACAAACAACAAAGGUGAUUGGUGCAUUCAAACUAUUCAACAGGAAGUUUACAAUUAUACUAGGAAGUGUAUGAAUAUCUCGAGGAACUUGAUGAAAUGAAUUGGUCAGCCCAAGGUAAUGUAUUGAAUCAAUAUUUCAGCAACACUUCAAUUGGAACGACAGUAAAAAAAAAUUUAAAAAAAAACAUUUAAAAAAAAACAACUUCGAAGCUUUCUAUUAAUGCAUUUAUUCAGGUAAAAUUUGCUAGUAGACUCUUUACUUUUAGAUUUUUCUUGUUUGUUGAAAGAGCAUGCUCGCUCCUUGAGCUGAUCUCGCGAGAGAAUCACGAGGCAUAAUCACGCGAGUCUUGACCCCCCAGACAAGCGUAACAGGGUAGUUUUUCUGUAGGUAGCGUCCUAUGCAGUCUAGAUCUUCUAUUAUCUUAAAUUUGAAGAACACUUUGAUGUCUAAUUGAUAAUCUUUUCUUUUCGUUUUAGACCGUUUAG